AUUCAAAAUAACUAUUCAUACGAACGGAAUAUUUGAAAAAACAUUUUUGGUGUUAUAUUUUGAUAAUAAACAUUUUUGUGAAUACAACUAUAUAUUCAUAAAAAGUUUUUGAUAUAUUAAUAUUGUGUGUUGUGAAUGAGAUAUAUAAUGUCUGCCACCACCACCACACCUACCAGUGCUGUCUCAUUGCCACGAAAUCUUGUAUUAUUACAGCAAUCGGUAUUGGAUUCCGUGAAAUCGGAUCGCAUUAUAACGACUCAACCCGAGGAGGACAGGAGGCGGCGGACUAUUAUCGUCGAGAAACGCAACCAAUCCUUUGGGUUUACAUUACAAACAUACGGCAUAAAACACAAACGGGAGGGGGAGGUGGAGCUACUGACUUAUGUGGAUCACGUGGAGUACGACGGGCCGGCAUUCCGGGGCGGUAUGCGUCCGGGCGAUGUCAUACUGUCCAUCAAUGGGAAGGACAUGGAGAGCGCUGACCACCGGACACUUGUCAAGUAUAUCAGCUCAUGUGAAAAGACUAUGAGAAUUGUGGUACUGUUCGAGGACUGUGUCCGCAAAGUGGAGCUCCAUAUCAAAUAUCUUAAGCUCAAGCGAUUACUGCAAACAAAAAUGAGUGAAUACGAGCUCCUGUGCCAAAGGGAACGACAGUUAGUGCGGAACGCCUCGGCGUUGGCCCACACGAGGGGUGCAAACAAUUUGAGCAAAACUUCAAAUAAUGAUAAGUCGGAUGCGAAACACCACUCAAAUCACGUGAAUAAUAGUCAACAGAAUAUCACGAAUAAUAAUACCCUGAAUACGAGUCCCAAUGAAAUUCAAUUGCAAUUCGUGUCAAACAAACAGACAUUUAGUGCCGAAAAUAAGUGCAAAUCGUUGGACACGAGUCUCGACGAUGUGCUCAACUGUAAUGACAUAGUCAUAGAAACUACCGGCGCUGGUGAUGAUGAUGAUGAUGACAGGGGACUGGUAGCCGAACAGGAGGUGCUGUCGACUAUACCCCGGACUCAGCACAGGAAUCGGGGGUCAGGUGUGGGAGGGAAGUGUGUGUCAAAGUCAGUGCCCGUCUCCCAGUCCAACAGUUUUGAGAGUAUAUUAAGUGAUCAUAACAUUCAACACUCGAUGGCAGAGGACAGGGAUUUUGUGACCAAAUUGUGAUUUCAUUGUAUCAAACAUUUUAGGAAUAAAUUAUUG